AUGGUUGUUUUGAACGAUGAGUCGCGGCUCACGUUGCGCACCGAUAUUGCGCUCGAGGUGAUUGUGACUCUGGCCGUAUUGUGUCGCUUUGCCUGUCGCUGGGGACAACGCGCGGCCUUCUCGUGGGACGACGGCUGGAUGGUGUUUGCUUGGGCAGCUUAUACUGCGUAUACUGGAUUGUCCAUGGCAUCAGGACUCCUCGAUGGCAGGGGCAAUGAUACCAAGAUUGGUGAGCUCGAGUAUGUUGCAAUGGUCAUGUUCGAAACCGCCCACGUUGGCGCCAAGGCAUCUCUCGUGUGUUUAUGCUGGCGGAGUUUGGCGGCGAGGGAGUUGAAGUUCUGGAGAUCUGCAAUACUUGGUCUAUGUGUUGCAUGGUAUAUCUCGUCGGUGCUCGUCACGUUAUUCCACUGCUCGCCAAUUCUCGUCACCUGGAGCCCGAUUGAAUCUCCCCCCAAGUGCAUCGAUAUUGUCAUGUUUGCUCUCGGAUACGAAAUGGGCAGCAUAGUCUGCAAUCUUGCCAUCAUUCUGCCUAAUAUUUGUGUUUGGAUUCUGGGUCCUUAUGACCUCCGCAGUGAGGAUAAAAUGUUUAUUCAAUCGCAACGAUCCUCGAGAUUAUUUGCUUCUGUCCAGGAUAUGGUCCACGGUGUCGGUGGCAUCCAGCAUCGUCUGCGCAAACCUGCCAGUAUACGAGCCACUUCUCGCGACCAAGAGCGUGCUGAACCGGUAUUUUGGCAGGCGCAACAAUAG